UAUUCUGUACUUUUGUUUUGCUUGUUCUCGUCUGCUUCGAAAAUGAACGACAGAAAAUCAAGAAAGCCUAAUUGGUCGGAUGCUGAGAUGAAUGCGUUGGUCGAGGCUUACUCCAACUCGAUACAAAUUAUCCGAGGAAAGUUCUCUUCUUCGCUUACAUGCGAGAUGAAAAGGCGGGCUUGGGAGGACGUGACGGAAAAGCAAGUGGUGAAUGCUGUAACAGUGUCUUGUGUGAGAACUGUGAAGGAAACAAAAAAGAAGAUACUGGACAGUCAGUCCAAUGUUAAGAAGAAGGAGGCGUUUAGGAAAAGAGUAGCUGCCAGGACAGGUGGCGGACCGUAUUUUGCAGUUUCAUUUAAGCCCUGGGAGUUAAUUGUACUUGGUACCAUUCCCCAAGAAGUCACACAUGGUCUGGAACGUGGAGAGGAUACAGAACGAGAGGGUGAUAAAUGUUAUACACAGGAGAAAUAUCGCGAUGAGAGUUGUCCUGGAGCAACAGGAGAUUGUGCUGUGACAUCACAAUGUAAAUCAGAAAUGGAAGACCUGAUGGAAUUGAAAAGAAGGAGAUUGGAACAGGAAGAGAGAAAAGUAAACGCACUGGAGAGAAUUGCGAUGGCCCUAGAAAGACGGAUUCAUCCUUCACCAGACUCUGUCUCUUCAUCUUCUGUCUCUCAUCAGUCCUGUCAUUAAAUUUUGUUUAAACUGAGAA